GGCACACUGCUGGCUCAUGACCAACCUGUUGACAUUCAGGUCCUUCUCCACAGAGCUCCUUUCCAGCAGGUCAGUCCCUCACUUCUACUCAUGCAUAUGGUUAUUCCUCUUCAGGUGCAGGUCUCUGCACUUGUCCUUGUUGAACCUCAUCAGGUUCAUCUCCACCCAGCUCUCAAGUGUGUUCAGGUCACACAGCAUUCUGGUGUGUCAGCCACUCUUUCCAGAUUUAUAUGAUCUGCAAACUUGUUGAGGGGGCCUUUUAUCCCUUCAUCUAGGUCAGUGAUGUUGAACAAGAACAGACCCUGUACUGGCCCCUGAGGAACACAGCUAGCUACAGGCCGCCAACCAGAUUCUGCACCAAUGACCACAGCCCUCUGGGCACAGCCAAACAGUUCUCAAUUCACUCCACUGUCUACUCACCUACCACACACCUCCUAAGCUUACCCACAAGGAUGUUAAGGAAGACAGUGUCGAAAGCCUUGUUGAAGUCAAGGUAUGUAAUGUUCACUGCUCUCCCUACCUCUACUCAGCUGGUCAUGACAUCACAGAAGCCUACCAAAUUAGUCAAGUAUGAUCUGCCCUUGGUGAAUCCAACCUGUCUACUCUGGAUAACCUCUUCUUCUUUCACUUGUUUGGAGAUGACAUCCAGAGUGACACUGGCACUCCUCCAGUUCACAGGCACCUCUCCUGUUUUCCAUGACCUUUCCCAGCUGAUAGAGAGCAGCUUGGCAAUCAUUUCUGCCAGCUUCCACAGCAUUCAUGGGUCCAUCUCAUCAGGGCCCAUGGAUUUGUGUGCAGCAAGUUUGCCUAGACGAUCCCUGACCAUGCCUUCCUUGAUUAAGGGAAGCAUUCUUUUCCCCACUCUCCUUCCUAUCUCCAGGGUCUAGAAUUCCCAAGGGGCAGCCUAAGUUGUAAAAGACUGUAGCAACAAAGGUGUUCAAGAACUUCAUCUUCUCCAUGUCCUGAGAUGGAUGAUUGAAAACAUAGUAUAGAGUAGAUCAGAAGAAAUCUAAGCUUGCAUAGUAUUCUUAUGAGUCAGGGAGAUCCAAAACCCAACUUAAAAUCAGGCCCAGCAGACAAAAUUUAUAUCCCAAAAACCUUUCUACAUUUAAAUGAAUACAAGAACUUAUUCUUAUAUUUUAGAAAAACAUGUUUUGUAUGUUCAAAACUUUUCAAUGAGCACAUUGUAUAGUUGGGGUGAACUUUGCAUUACUUGUCAACAAGCAACUCCUACACAUCCGAACUAUCACUGAGCACCAUGCAAGUGCCAGAGCACACCCCAGGCCCCAUGCAAUGAUGCAGCUGAAGUUCAGCUGUUUUCUAAGUGCAGACUGCAUCCCUUGUGUUUGCUGGCAUUGCAACACAAAAAAGAAAUGGCACAAGGGGGCGCCUGAAGCCUCAAAUAUCCCAAAGCUUUCACACCCCGUCUUCUCUGCUAUAGUACCUCUGUAGUAUUUCCAGUGUCUAAUUCAGAUCAAGAACAGACUGCACUGAGCAGGAACAGAAGAGGGCAUAAAAAAGCCCCGAGCUGCAUAUAGCCUAACGUCAGUUUUGUUAUUGUACUGACAAUAUUUUAGACUAUUUUCAUGACCUAUUAAAGAUUUUAAUCUAUUGCAUAUUACUUUCUGUCAGUAAAAGCAUAAAUUAGUUUAUGUAAAAAUAAAAAUCCUAGCAUAGGUGAGAUUUAAAUAGUAGGAAGUAGGAGAAUUAUCUUCAGAAAAAGCUAAGAUGAAAGUCAAAUUUUUUUGUCAAACUCAGCUUGGCAACUGCCCAGACUGUGGACUUUGGCAGAUUGCUCUCUGGUUAUAACAGAAGCCACUUCCUCUGUAGCAACAGUCAUAUCAACACCAUUGUGUGCUGCCUGGGGAUGGGCUCUGGGGUGUUUCAGUCCUCUGGGUGGGACCUUUGAGCUGCAUAAUGGUGCUUAUGUAGAGCAGAGCAACUGGAAAACCAAAGCCACAACUCCCCCAGCAGCAGCCCUAUGGGGAGUUCUCCUAUGCGUAUCUGGCUGGGAAAUGAAUCGGGGUAUUUUUCUCCCUGCGUUGACCCUGGGAGCUCUGACAACCCUAUUCAGCAAAGAGGAGGGCUUUGCCCAGGGUCCUCUACAGCUGCAAAUGACUCACACUGGAAGAGACCCUUCCAAUGAGAUUUAAAGGGACAGAGUAUUCCAGAAGUGUUUCAUUUUAAUAUGCAGAUUUCUAUCAUUUCAAACUUUCUGCAUGACUGCUCCUGCUGUACAGCCCAGGAUGGCGCAUGCUGCAUGCUUCAGGCCACAGCAAGAGCAGCAGGCCCAAGCCUACCUGCCCAGAUGUGCUGGGACCUGCCUGCUCCCAGAGAUAUCCCCAUGGAAAAACUACUCCCACACUCACUGCCUCCUCAGGACACUCCAGAGGAACAAAUCACACAUUCUGCUCAGUGUCUGCUGCUCUCCUGGUCACCAAAGAGCACCAUGCAGACGGGGCCUUCUCAGUACGUUCCUCUCGCACUCAGUGCCCAGCCAAAGGAGCAGAAAUGUGGCUGACACUCCUGCUCCUAGACUGCAUAGCUUUGAUGCUUCAGGGGUAGGCGGCUUCCCUGCCCAUUCCUGCCUUUCCACAGCUCACCACGGGGUCACAAAGGUUCCAGCUGAUCACUGACAGGAGGUGAACAUGGACCAUCCUGCAAGUCUCUCCUACAGAAGAAAGCAUGAAAUCCUUCUGCUGUCUGCUCCUCCUGCUUUGCUCCACGUGUCCAUACAGAGGAACAUAAAACAGAAGACCCUCCUACGUGGAUCUACGUGAAAGUAGAUCCAAAGUCAUCUCAUAGGAGGGCCAGGCCUUUCCUGCAGAGGUUGAGGAAGAGCAUACAACCAUGGUCCCCCCACCACUCUUGUGGUACACAACAAUGACAUCAUUAUGCUAAUAAAUAAGACAGGAAGCACAACCAAGCAUAAAAACCCACUGAAACUGAAUACAUAUGAAACACUGCCAAGAACACUAACGACUGCACUAAACAGAAAAUGAAAUAGUGUUUGGUUCAUCUGACUUCUUCCAGUUUUAGUAAUCUCUAGUGUCACUUGUAACAGUAAAAUCCAGUCCUCAGAGAGGGUGCUCAGGGCCUUUCAACUCACAUGGAAAAUGAAGGUUUUUUUCCAAGGUGAUGGUGACCUUCUAAUGUCUUAUUCAGUCUAAAAACUGAAUUCAGUACUUUGACACCAGUCUAAUGACCCACAUAAAACUGGCUGGGAUUUGCACUGAGUUACACUAGUUCAUUGCCAGUGAUAUUAACCGGCACUUGCAUUUUCUUUUUUUUUUACUACUACUUUCUCUGCUUUACAGAACAAUGCACUGAAUACCUCCAACCUCCUUCAGGAUGGCUUGUGUGCCUAAACAAACCUGUCCAAACCUGUGCCUAGACUUGCCUAGACACAAGUGGCACCAUGUCAUCUCAUCUGAAUGAAAACAUACAAACAGGAUCAUCUGAACCACACUUUAUUGUUAAGAAUUCUUCACAUCGACCCUAGAAAUUUCUAGGCAGAUCCCAGAAGCAAGAAGCCAAUCACAUUUGUGACCCCUGCCUGGCUUUGGGCCAAGCAGCUGAGAAACUGAGCAGCAGUGCCUACAACAGGGCAGCAUUCAGCUGCUGGGAGGCAACACUUCAACAUCCUCAGUUUUCCAGAGAGCUAUAAAACUUAGCGAUACAACUGUGAGAAACAAAACCUGACCACUGACUGCUGACAAAGCAGCAGGUUCCCCAUCCUGCUUCACUCAUACUAGCCCUGGCACUCACGUGACUCCCAUGAGAAGCCAAUUCAGAGUCAAGAAGCAUCAACUGGCUGCUACAAAGAAAGCAAUCAGUUUUCUGCUUAAUCAGCACACUCAGGUGAGCUCUCCUACCUGACUGACAAUGCUGCAAUCUAGGUGAGGGGAGGAAAGGAAACACGUUAACCAAGUUAACAUGAUCAACUUUGCUGAAUCAUUAAAUGAUGCACUACAUUACUGAACAGGUUGAAAUGAAUUGGUAAAGACUCCCGUAAGGAUAUCUGCUUGGCUUACAACUCGUUAUUACCAAGCAAUUAAUGUUGAUUCCACUUAACUCAGCAGCAUGCCCCAUCUGCAAGUUUCAGUUAGUUUUAAUAGCGCACAACCUGCUGAAGCCAAAGGGGCAGCUCGCAGCAGCCAGUCGGUGCUUCAAUGCCACAUGCCCUCCACUGAACACAGCUCCAAUUUUCCAAGAUUUCUAAAAAGCUCUUUCCCAUAUAAAACAUGUUAAGUUAAAUCAACGCUAACCUCUGAACUCUUGGAGCUGAGGUCAUGGAUAUAUGUCUCCUUUGAUUUAUGAGACAGAAUCUGCACAGCAUAAUAUAAAACGCUGCAGCUUUAGCAAUGUACCAUUGCCCUCAAAAGCUCGUUCAUAAAACAUAAUUUUCUACAACAUAAAUGACCCCACACAGAAAUUAUGAAGUGAAAUACAAGCAGGUGUUGCUGUUAUUAUUCACAAGACAUUUUCAGUUCCCUGUUGUUGGAUCUAUAUAUUCUACCUCAUGUUUGGAAAAUACAGUAAUUGUGUCAUUACUCUCCCUCAUAAUUCAGCAGAUCCCAUAAACCCGGAUGUAUUAAAAAUAUAAUUAAUCUCCUCAAGCUUUGGAAAAUCUGAUCUAACAAUCCUGUUUUUUAACACUCAAACAUUUGAAAUAUAAUGAAUAUAUGACUGCUUCAUACAGAAAAUAUGGUGAGAAACAAACAGCUCUCAGCUUUAAAUAGACUUUGGUACAGAACACCCAGCAGCCGCGGGCCUUCCAAAAAAGUUCCAACCUGGAAGAGAAUUAAAGGUCUAGAAUAAUCAGUAGUCCCAUCUGUAGACUGGCAUAACCCCAAGGCAGCCUGCUCUCUCAUGCACCCCAUACCCACCCAGCUAACAGGACCCUCUAGACACACGAGCUGUGCCCAUCUGUGAUGCUGACGUUACUCCUGAGUGCAGUCACUGCUGGCAACUCCACAGUCAUCUGUGGAGUGAGUUACAGGCCCUGAAUUUACAGCUUUUGAUUUCAUAAAUGCAUAACGCAUUCUGAAUGUUUUGGAAAGAAGUUAACCCAUAUUACCAACAAGCAAAAUGGAAGAGUUAUUUUUAACUUUAAAUCUGUAGCAAGUAAUUCUUUGCUUGGACUAAUAUAGGGUGUACACAGGCACAUGAAUUCACUGCUUCUGAGAAGGGCAGGGACUGGGCUGGCUUCUCUGCUCAUGGGGUCACUCAGUACAGAACAAGAAAGGAGAGUUGCAGGCUUUGGUUUCUUCAGAAAACUGAGAAUUCUUACUGCUGAAUUUGUUCAAAGCUUCACACUAAGGCCAACUGCAAUGAGUUCAACAGCUUCUCUUCAGAGUCACCCUGGAAGAAAGGUAAUGGAAAAAACACCUAACCACACUGAGCCUCAGAGGCACUAGUCUGCAUUCUGUCCCACACAGACCACAAAAUCAACACUUCCCACUAACAGCCAUCAGCAACGUGAUGCCAGCCAGCCUGGAACAUCUGCACAUGAAUUGAUGAACUCUUAUUGCCUUAACAAGCAUUUCUGAAAUCAGCCUCUGAAAACUGAAGUCUCCGUGCUGUGGUACAAAGUGGUAGCUCUAGCAGCUGAGACAACGCCAUCAGAUUCUGAAGUCUCACUGUCAGCACAAGGUGACUUCUACCACCACAAUCAUUACCAGGGUUAAUGUCCUCUGGACAGAAAGAAGGACAAAAGACACCUGAGAUUUGUGCUUUUAUUUUUAGAUGUGAAAGAAAAUACCCUGAAAGGAAUGAAGUCUGAAGGCUCCAUGUCUUGAUAUAUCUCAUGCUGCAUAAUCCUGCUGAGCAGCAACCACAGAGUGAAUUGGCAGGGCCAGCACCAGAUGCAGAUCAUGAGGGAGCAGGUCUGGGAAUGCUCCUCGCUGAGGCUGAUGUAAUAUUUUGAUUCAACACAGAACCCGAGAGCGUUCAAACUACAGACUGAAAUUGAGCAUAAACACUUUCAACAAACAGGUUGGACAGGACCACACAAUCACUGAGAUAGUCACAUUACUGCCCACCAAUAUAACUGUUGUUCAAAGAAACAUGGAUGUAAAAAAAAGUCAGUUAUCCAGGAACUCAUUGCAUGGAUACACUGGGCCACUUCAGCAGUACUGUACAGUCACUGCUGGAUACAACCCACUGCAGAUUUUUGGCAGCUAGCUCCAUGCCAUGGGACCAGUCAUUUACUGCUACGUGCAGACACAGAGAAGACACAGAAAGGGCGAGUUCCCCUUACUCGUAAUCAGGUGAGCCCUUCCAAAAAUACAGUGAAGGGGCUCUGCUGUGCCAGCUAUUCAGAAGGAGACUGUUCCCCAGGACAGGGGCAGGCUGCACAUCCCGCCAGUGUCAGAGCUGGCUCACUUGGAGGAGCAGCGCCAGGCCCUGGCCAGGGAUGUGGCCAGCAGCAGCCAGGCUGCAGCAUGCAGCAGCUCCACUUGAGAAAGCAAAUCUUGUCCUGAGGGAACUUCUGUUUACUUGAAUGCCUUCCCUUAUAAUCCCAUUUUAUGGGCCACAUGUUUUGGGAAUGCUGAACAGUCAGCAGACUGGCAGCAACUGAAGAGAGGUGAUUCCUUUCAGAGAACUGCUGUAAAGCACAAUAUAGCCUUGAAAAUUCCCAUGGCAGGCUUGUGCUCAACAGCACUGUAACCAAUGUUUUGGUCUUAAACAGACACUGAACUAUACUAAGCAAUAUCAGUUUUAUUCACUGUGUGUGUGUACAUAUACAUAUAUAUAUACACACACACACACAUACUGAAUAAAAUUUAAAAUUCAUCUUGAAACACUUUUUCCUGUUAGAAAAUAUAACACAAAAAACUGCACCUCACCUUUUAAAAAUGUAUUCUCCAAUAUAAUAGUUUAGAUGAAGCAAAAAAAAAAAAAGAAAAAAAAGACUGAGAAACUAUUCAAUAGCUUCCUUUCUUAUGGGUAGGUCCAGAUAACUUUUAAGUAGAAUGGCAAAGAUCUCAGCAGUGUGGGGUAUGAGAUCCAGACACCUCAUCCUCCUUUUACAUUAGCAAGUGAGCAGGGAGGAAGCACUGCCAAGACAAAUUUACCAGGCUUGCAGCAAACUACAUUCCUUGUAGCUCCUCUCUUCUCCCCAAGAAAGUAAAUACCAGCAUGGCUGCCACAACUUUCAGGCUCAAAGUACAUAAAUUAUCAAUUGAUUCACAGAACUAAUAAAACAUCCUCAGCUGUUUUUAUCAACAUAACACCUUUGUUCUCUAGCCAGAGAGGCCAGUGUGUUUACUCCCCCCUCCCUCUAUUUCAGUAUGAGCAGAGUGUUCAGUACCUGGCAGGACCAAGCACUUGUUAAGCUGCUGGAGUUCAUUUACAUUAAGAUUUUCCAUAUAGCGCUUUGAAAAAGGGACUGGACAGAAAGUACAGCGACUUAUAAUCCCGAUGAACAAUGGGCAUUUCUGUGAACUGGCUUUCCCCACAGGAUGUGGGGUGGGCCUUCUUGAGCUUGUGUAAUCAGUCUGGAAGUCCAAAAACCACACACUGAAAACAUGCUUUUCCUUCAACAAAUACUCACACAGUCUAGCAGUAGUUUACAUGGCUGUCAUUCACCAGUAAGGAAUACUUUCAUUUAAAAAUAUGUGAAAAAACAAUCUCAGUAUCUCAAAUGAGGUACAUGGACGUUAACUGUAUCUGAUUAAAACAUACAGCCCUUUUUGUCUAAACAAGAAUUUUAUUUAGGAAUGGAAGCAUAAGUUCUACUUCUAAAAAAUGGUGUGAGGACAUCACUUCAGGCAGAGCUUUACAUACCAGCUCAUGUUUUAGGAUCACCUGAGCCCAGAAAUGAAGACUCAAAAGGCAAUAGCAACACUUGCAUUCAAAACACUGGGAAACACAGAUUAUCCUAUGAAAUGGUCUCUUUUGGAAGCUGAAUGUAAGAUACUGCAUUGAGAAAUCCAGGCGGUCCUCUAAUCCAAAUCCUGCAUCAACUCUUUCACUUCCUCAAAGGUGCACCAGAACACAGUCCACCACAAUAAACAGUUUGCUGUACAAGGACUGGACCAAGUACAGCAAAGGUUAAAACAUGGGAGAGAAAGGAUUCUUCUUCCAGAGCUCACAUCAGCACUGGGGUGAAAAGACAACACCAGAUGAGAAGUAACAAAAUUGCAUGCAGGAGUAACGCAUCAUUUCAUAAUUCCACAUCCAGAAAGCUUCUGUGUUCAUAUCAAAAGUUUUCCCAUUUAUCUAACAGACCACCCGAAAAAAAAAAACUUCCACUUGACCACAGAAAUAUUUCCAUCACAAACACCGUAGAGACAGCACAAUAAACGCAUUAAGAGUCUUUAGAGUCAGCCCUGAACUUAAGCCCUGGGGGAAUAUGCUUCCCAGAAAGCAGCAGGCUGAUAUUUCUAAGCACUGCAGAGCAUGCCACUGCUUUACAGAAAUGCGAGAUUUAAUUGAGCGGAUUACUACGAAAAAUAGUAUCAGUUAUGUUUAUUCUUUUCUCAUGUAGUGAAGUUAUCUGCCUGAAAGCAUGACCACCCUCUUUCCUGUUUGUCCACCUCUUGAAGUUGUGACACCCUGUUUAUUAAAAACGAUCACCAAAGAAGCAGGGUAUAUAUAAAUUCUCCUCGAGUAUGUUUGGGUAACAGCACAAGUCUUGUUUCUGACACUAGAAUACAGUGCUGUAAGAAACUGUUAGGAAUAUUUCUAAGAACAACUGUUUAAGACCAGGUAUGUAUUUCACAAUAGUCAAUUGAUACAGACUAUUUUAAACUAUGUUUUUUCAUUACAUAUUUUCAAUUCUGAGUGAAAUCUGAUAGUAAUUUGAGGCUUUGCCACUGCUUCCAAUAUUCACUGUCCCAAGUAACCUUUCUGAAGUUGUAACUCUCUCUCCCGCCUGCAGACUUUCUUUCUGUAGGAAAUUAGAAAUAAUGGAGUUUAAAAUUGAGCAACUGGAAGAAAACCAAUACAACUCCAGCAUACUGAAACAACUUCUUGCACAUUAACAGGUUCCAAAUGAUGAGGGCAGUGCAAACCUUUUCCCCACCUUUGUAUGUUAAUUAGAAUUAGCAUACUGUGUUCUUCUAGGCAAAGUAUGAAGUGACAGACAUUCAGUAAUAUUAGACAUAGCACUUCCUGCCACACCCUGCAAUGUUUUUGCAAUUAUCACACAAUCUGAGCCAAAAACUACUACAUUCUAUGCAUAACUGUUUGGCUUCUGUCUCUGAGCAGUUCUUGUCUGGGCACACAGGCUACACAAAACCAGCUCUGGUGGCUACACAUGGGAAAGCUGUAAGAAAAUCCCCACGGCCCAAGAGGAAGUGUAAUUUCUGUGAUUCACCAGCUUGCAUCUCUUCCUGAGAGAGUGCACCAACCAGCAUAAAGCAGCACAGCAGUAGCUACGUGAAAAAGUCCUUUUCCUGUCUGCAAUGAAGAUCCCAUGACUGUUUCAGUUUGGUGUGACCGAGCCCAUCUCCCUCAUCAAACUCCACUACGUAUUCCUUUACUACUUCAGGUACUUGCAGUUAUGGCAGCAUAAGGGAGAAAAACUUAUUUCAUGCUGCAGAAGGCAUUUUGCUCCCAAACUAGCAGUGCAGAUGAGCAGAAAAAGACACUUUUCUGCCUGGAUGUACUGUUUUUUGAUCCCUUUACUGGGAAAAAAAAUAUUUGUGUAAUAUGCUCAUACCGCAGUCCACCACUUUGGUGAAGUUAAGCAACACAUCUCAGUAAGUGCAUACAGCCCAAUGCACUGGAAGGAAACUGCACAUUACAGUGAUUGGACCAGGAGGAUUACCAGCCAUUUUCUUGCCAAAAUAACAAUAAAAAACCUAAGAGUUCUGUUAACAUCACAAGCCUCAAAACAGAAUUGAAUUCCAUUCUGCUCCCUACCGUUCCCAUCUGGUUCUAAUUUGCUAGAGAAGACUGAAGGCUGUAUUCAAAAAGCAUCAGACUGAGCUGUAAACAUCAGCUUCUCCGCCAGCAUUACUUGUGAAGGACUGGAGCUAUCAUGGAAAGGAGUGGGAGAUGAAGCAAGACUUGCUGUGUCAUUAAGCUCAUUGUUUUAAUUGCAUUAUUUCAACCCAUGAAAUGAAAGUGAGAAAUGUUUGAUGCUCAGAAGAAACAUUUGCAGAAAAUCAAGUUCAGCUCAUCUCUAGUAACACUAGAAAAUCAAACAGUAAGAAGUUGAGAAGUAUCAGAACAGGCUGCCUGAACAACCAGACCUCUUGUUUUACAAAGUUCGUAAUUACAGGCCACAUGCUGUUGCCUAAUUUUUUCCCUGUCAUCUUGUAAACAAAGGGCAAAGCCUGUUUCAUAUUUGCUGUAGAAAUAGUUUUGUUAAAUUGUGACAAGCUAAUGAGUCUACAACUAAUAGCAUCUUGUAGUAAAUAUUUAACAGGAUGCCUUUGAGAUUUUGCCCCCUAUCUCUGCCUUAAAUUUCCAAAGUGACAAUUCCUGAAGCCUUUUUCAUUAAUAACUAGUGAUUAGUUUCUCGUCACUUAAGCUCUUGAUGCGAGGCACUGAUGUGAUGUGUGAAAACCCACUUACACUGCUGAGCAGAAGUGAAUAAAAUUAAUGUUUCUGUAGCAACACAGGCUUGGAAGGUUUAUGUUCUACAACAUACAACAGCUCCAUUCUAUUCUGAAGGAUUGUAGUUGGGUCUGCACUGGGCCCCAACUCGAAAACUGAGGUGUGGGAAAGAGUGCUCUAUAGACUGAGCAGAGCAGUCUUUUGUUCAGUGUGCUCUCAGCAUCCAUCAACUCAACUACAGCAACGGAACACUGAGCUUUGAUGUCAGAACAGUAAUCUACAGGAGCAGAGAAGAGCAGCUUAGGUAACACCACAAACUGGUAUUGCCUCCCACAUCCACAACAUGCCCUGACAUCCCACUUCCCAGCUGGGGCUCAUUAAGAGAGCUGGCAGCAUCCCAGCACCAAGCCAAGCCUGCAGUCACCAUCAGCUCGGUCCUACUGCUAUCACUCCAUACUUUGUUGUACUGACACAGAGUUCUUUCCUCCAACUAGCAUCACCUCCAUCAUGUCUCCAGCCUCAAGGCCAAACAAUCCCAUCAACCAUCUUAGAGAUGUUUUUGUCAAUUCUGUGGUUCCAGGCCCAGAGUUCUGCACUGACUUCUUGAUGCCAUUACAUGACAACCAUUUCAUUUCAGCAGGCCCCCACACAGGACUCACUUUUCACUCACAGUUGCCUUCACCAACAGCCUCUCUACUUCCAGAUUAGCUCUGUUCAAAAUCAUCAUCUGACCAAUUCCUUCCCUUCAUGCAGUCCUUCACCCUUAUUUGUUAUGCAUAUAUGUGAACCUACCACUUAGUUUCCUACUUAUUAUUGAUCUUCCAUCAAAAAACCCCUUUGAACCAAGUGGUUUCUUUUCUUGCCUAAACAUUACUGUAAUUAGAGGUGAUUAACAGCAGCAGAGCACACUCAUACAUUCAGCUUAGAGUAGUCUUGAGUGCCCAUUAUAUGAAGAAUUCACUCAAGUCUCUUAUAGAUCUAGCUAAUGCUAUUUCCAGCCUGCAAGAGAUAUGUGUGAAAAGGCUUUGUUACACAUGGCUAAACUGCAUCUAUUUCAUACAGCUGAGGUAUGUAUAAUCUGACCAGCAUCAGGAAUUGUGAAAGGCUCAUUUUGAAACAAAAGCUUCUUAAGCCCCACCCACUACUUAGAUACACUCCUUUCCCAUGAAAGGAUCACAGCUUGGAAAACAUUUGGUAAGCUCUCAUAAGCAAGAGCCUUUAUUCUACAGCAUGUAAACAAGAAUGCAGCACGAUUUCCCUGUUUGGAUUCUGCUGCCUUCAAAAACAAAACAGCACCUGUAACUUCAUCAUUCAAACUUUCGGGAAGCUAAAAAGCUGAGAACAACACGGGUGGUGCUACCAGUCCCACUUACAUUCAGACCUUUCAAUACCCACAGACUCAAAUGCAGUAGCAGAUCCUACAGCUUAAAAGGAACAUAUGUUGACUUAAGCCACUGUCCUUUAGGUGAUUUACUGCUGUAGUGAACACGCUGUUUCGUGUUUUCUUUUUAUCUUUUCAAUAGUAGUAGGCACUAGUGACUCACAUCACACUUCAUAGGUGUUCACACAGUUGUUACCUUAUUACUAGCUUCUUAUAACAUUACCAUAAAGACAUUAAAACUACUUCUUGGCAAGAACUGCAGAGCAAACUAAAAUCACAACAAGCCUGUAAAAAGUGUUCAACUGGCAACAAACUUCUUGCUUUUCAUCUACAAUUGAAAGAUUUAUCUGAGCAAAGUAGCUCAAGAAUCUCAGUAGCCAGGUGACCACAGUGCCACGUCUCUUUAACACUGAAUUAGUAUGAAUCAGACACUGGGGGAUUAAGGCUUUUCUUUCUGUCUGUGCCUAAGCAGAGAUGCAACCCGCUCUAAGUCUUUCUGGAAGCAGACAUUUUUUCCUGCAGUUCAACAUUUUCUCAGUCUGUAUCCUUCUAUACAUAGCUAAAGCAGCUAAUAUUAUUUUUUUUUUUUUUACUGCAGCAGAAAGAAUCACAGCAAGCAGCUGAGAUCUAUCCAGUUUUCAAAACCAAACUUUAAGUGAAACAGAACCCCAAAUGAAACUGUAAACCAACGUCUCCAAAUAGAGCAUGACCACCACUGCUACGUAAGAGGAAAAUACACUGUGGAAAAUACACCUACCACUGAAAUGAAAGGUCCCUUAUAUCCACUAGUGACACACAGAAGCUGCAGGAGGAGCAUGCUAAGACAAGCCUCCUGCUUCUAGCUAUGCUCCACACACAGGGACUCCUAUCCAUGCCAGGGGUACCAUCUAUCUGCCUCCUGCCUGAGUGAUUCCAGGCCUCUUCUGCACACAUUCUGCAGUGCUAAGAAGCUUCACACCUCAGGUGGAUUGCUGCAGACCGUUCUGUCAGGAAGAGAGAUCAUUUAUAUUAAGGGUACAUGCACUUUGACUGCAAAUAUGACAUCAAUACAACACUCCAGACUCUCCUCUCACAGAUUUUAACACCCAUGUACCACUGCCAAUAAACCUGUGCAGCAAGAGAGCUGUUGUUAUACUAUUUUACUUUUCAAAACAGCAACUACAGGUAGGAGGGUAUGGUUUUUUGUUUGUUUUAAAUUUCUCCCUUAGGAGAAAAUCAGAGGGGCUACCUUGGACUUCCUCAUACUGCUAUGGUUCAAGCUGGCGAUUAAGAAUGUUUGGUUGUUGGUGGUGGCUUUUUUGUUCGUGUGCUGUUUUUUAAAAAGAAGGGAAGCAGUCUGACAUAGCUCAGGUUAAACAAGUGCUGUUACCAGUACCCACAAAUCACUCCUACAUGUAGAAGCAACUUGUAGCUAUGGAUGACAAAGACACUAAUGGCUGUUAUCUACAUACAUUCACACUAUACUACUGUGACAUUCGGUUCCACCGAUUUCUCAUGUUGCUUAGGCCAGUGCACAGCAUCAAAUUUCAGCAAUCAGAGAAGUAGAUCUAGUUAUGAGUUGUAUCAACCACUUUUUGAGAGAAGCCAUGUGUAACUCACAGAUAACUGAGAAGCACGAUGCCUUUGCGUUGCUGGAAAAGGAAAUACUGAGAGGGCUGCAGUGCAACUGCAGUCCUGUCCUGCUCUUUCCACAACAGGUGAGGACAGACUGGCAUCCUUCUUCAGCUGGAACUGAUAAAGCAGCUCUGGGUUGUUUUUCCUCCUUGUUUAAAGUAACUGAGAUUCUGGGGGAGGGGAAGACAGGAAAUGAGCACUUUUCCUGGUCCCCAAACCUAAGAAUAGCUAGAUGGUACUGCUACAAGAUUUAGGCCACACAAGCAUUCAAAGAAGCAUGAAAUAUUUAUACUCUGGGCAAACAAUCACAGAAGUCUUGCAUUUUGCCCAGAAUCUUUUUAUCAUUACCCAAACAGAUCAGGAGGUUGUCCCAGGAAAGUUUACUUUCAGAGGGCAGAGAUGAGCUGGAUGUUAUAUUUUUAAACUACAGCUCUUUUUUUCUGUUCCUAUCUGUGAAAUCAGUUAAGCAGCAACCCAAAUGACAGGACUCUGACUUGAGGACUCAAGCACUAACUUUCAGGCACCUCUUGCAAUAAAGGGAAAAAAAAUCAGCAGUUUUAACGGUUUCUCUUUCACAUGGGAAGAAAAGGAAAUAAACACCUUUGUAUUUAAGCUGGGUACAACAUUCUACAGAAAACUCAAAGUUAAUGCAAACAGUGAAAAAGACUGAAAAGAACACACGCAGCCUGCUGCCACGGAACAGAUUUUCCAUGAUUUCUACCCAUAAACGUAAGUUGAAUUCCUACAAACUGUAGGAAGUACUGUAGGAAGGACUAGUAAAAAACAAGUGAUUACUUAUAUCCUCCAGACAGUUUUAGGUGAUACAGACCACACACAAUACUUUGGAGCAUACUCAGAGGCUUCAUCAUCCCAUCCACACAUAACAAGGCUACUGAUCUGGUUAGAACAUCUGCCAUUGCAGAAAGCUAGAGAAAGUUGAGUUUGGCAUGAACACCUAGCUUCAAAACAGCACUGAAAGUAAAACACAGAUCUAAUUAAACACCUCACCCUUUUGUUUACUCUUGUCCAAUCUUUCUCCUUUCCAUCCAGCUUGUUUCUAGGCUUAUGUACUUCACACUAUCCAUUCAAUCACAGGAAACCUGCAAGCUGAUUUUGCAAAAGUCUGGCAGGCAAGUGGGAAUUCAGAUGUAAAACUGCAGGUCUCUGAUGAACUUAAGUCUCAGCCUGGUUACUUUCCUUUGAUGUUUAGAAAUCACUCACACUGUCAUUAAGAUGCCAACAAAACUAUCUUAAGUUUCUAAAUUAAGACCCUUAAACUUGAUAAUUAAAAAUCUUGAGUAGAUCUUAUGUGCUACAGACUAGCUAACCCCAUGGGACAGCAAAGCACACCUAGCUGCACCCACCCAGAAAAUUAGGGAAGGAGAUCACCAAGAAACAUUCUCCUCACCCCAUGGAAAAAGGGCUUCAAGUUGCCCCCUACCUCCAAACAAACAAACAAAAGAACAAUCCAGGCUUUCCUGUUACACAACAACUAGCAAUCAUGUGAUGUACAAUGCAGCACAAGUGUUUGAAAUAGGGAUAGGUUUUCCAUAUAGAGAAGAUCCUCCUCUAAACUCAUUCAGUCAUUUAAAACUUUGCACUUGCAUACAGUGCCCCUGUUUUAAUCAAUUCUACAGUUUACUCUAGACAUAGCCUGAAGGUACUUAAAAGUUGUAUGUUGGUCAAGAAGUACACGUCAGGCCUGCUCAUUUUCUGCCCAAGACAAAGAAAUUUCACUCAGGUGGUUUUUUGCUCGUUUGUUUUUAAAAAGUCUCCAGUUAACAGUGGGAAUACACUCUUUGCUUCAACCCAUCUCUACUUUCACUCCUUCUUCUAAACGUACGCUUUGUCUUCUACAAGCCUUCAUCAUCCUCCCUCUGGUAGUCUGUAAUUACUUGUGAGCAUAGGUAUCCACAUGUACUGAUAUGCACAUGUACUUUCAUGCACUGAAGAACAGUUCGUUUAACCAGAUUUAACGAACACCUGACAUUUUUUCAAGUUUGCGUGCAAGAGAACGCAUUUCAUCCUUUCUUUUCUGCAACAGCUAAGAAGGCCAGGAGCCUCCUCUGAACAGGGAAUAUUCCAUGUGCCAAGGGAGCUUAUAACUGACAACACAAGUCAGAUAUGUUCUUGCUUAACUGAACUGUCAAAAAAACCUAAAUAUCAAUGCUCACACAUUAAACUAAUGUAAAGAAAAAACAACCGAGUUCAACAAAGCACCUCAUCUUUAUUUAUCAUAUCACAAGUAGAGCAAGAUUCCAUCUUAAGUGCUACGGUAGAAGUGUUUCUGAACAGUAGUAAAACUUAUUUGCGCCAGGGCCAAAUGGGCACAUCCAAAAAUCAGAUUUGACGUAGAGUUUUAGAAAGGUGCAGAAAUAGAAAGGUUUACUGGACUUUUUGACAACCAGUCAUGGUUUGUUUGUUUUUCUCUGAUAGUCUAUAUGGAGUGAAGAACACCACUGAACAGACUGAUGAUCCAGAAGGGUAGGAAGCAUCAACUCCAGAACAGUAUUUUUACAUCAUGUUGGGGAAAAAAAAAAUGCUGCCUAUUUUAAACUGUUACUUUAUACAACCUUUAAAGGCUUUGAGUUUUAAAUACGGAACAGCUUCACAGCUGUUCAGAAGCUGAAAUAUCUAAGUUUGCAAGAUGCUAUUUCUAGGAAGAUGCAACAGAUGUUCUGUACUUUUUCAUAUGUACAUCUUAUUCUAAACAGGAUGUGGAAUUUACUUGUAAUGAGCACAAUCAGUGUAUAAUUGCUGUUCAACGCUAUUCAAGCAAAAAGGAGAAGCAUAAGACACUUCCUGCCAAAUACAGAGGCUGCCUAUUGGACAAAUCCAUGCAUUAUGCAGCAUUUAAAGACAGGCAGAAGUACCUUCCAGCAAGUCACAUCUAGAUAGGAGCAGCUACAGACAGUCUGAUCUCUGCUUACUUUGUGCUGUGCUACUUACAAAAUACAUUGAAAGGAUGAUUAGUCAAGUAGGAAGUUUGAAACGUAGGCCAAUAGAGGAGGUAAAGCAGAGCCUUGAGGUGAACAGAACAGACCCUGAGUGCUGCCUGAAUAUUCUCACCCACUUACUAAAGCAGGUAGAGCUGGUGGAACAUCACUGCAGUAUCACAGCGUUACUAAAAUUAUAAGACAUGUUUAAGUGACAUAAGCAGGAGAAAGUGUCAUACGCCCAAACCCAUCACCUUGCUUUGCUAACUGUAGGAUGAGGCUAUAACAGGUUUAACAAAAAGUUCUCCAAGUACGUUCUAGUUUUUGGCCAAGAGAGCAGAAUCUGGAUAAUCAACACCAAGAAGAACAGAAGAUAACUACUCCUAUUUACCUGAACAGGAUUACCAAGGAGUUAUGCCACUGAAUUAAAAGACAAGAUAAACCAAUGUAGCUAACAGCUGCUUGCAAGGCCAAUAAUACUUGCAGCACAAUACCUGGGGGGAAAUGGUAGAAGAGCAGCUUGCCUGUUCCAGAAAAAAUAAUAAAACAGAAUUACACACAGUCAACUGAGAAAUAGUGCAGGCCUAACUAUAGCCUUCAGGAUACAGUCCUAAAAAUACUUUGUGACAACCAUUCCCUCCCAUUCAUUAGGUCUACACUACCAACUGUAGUUUUAGGAAUCACCUGAUGAAAAAGCUGUAAGAAGUGCAGAUUUCAGUAGGAUGAAUUUGCUCUCUAUAAUUCAUCUUACAGCAGCAUGAUUUUUUCCUUCUUGUUCACAGUAGUUAGUCUCAUUUGAAAUAUUCCUGCUCACCAAAUUUAAAAGAAAGACAACAAUCUAAAUGCUUCCUUUGUAUUCCCCAUUUUUGCUCCAAACAACAUUCUGUAUAUACCCUGAAAAGGUCCUUCAAUUUCAGGAUUCCCUCGGCGCUACAGCAAGAAUGCUGAACACCUACAUUCAGUGUUUGUAUUACAGGUUUACCCUUAAAUAGAUCAUCUGGGAAACAGAAGAAAAACCUUAAAGAACUGGUUUACUUGCCUAUAAAGCCUAGCUGCAUUUUUAUGCAAUUUUCAAAAGUCAAUGGAAAUUUAAGGGUAUUACAUGGUAGUAUCACAGAAUUACAGUAAUACAGUUUCCACAAGUCUGCGGCAGACUAAGAAAACCUGCUACGUUCCAGACUCAUCACAAGAAGUACCACCAAAAACAUUCCUGCUAUUAAUAUUUCUUGCAUUUUUAAGUACAGCAAAGCAGGUGAUUCGACAACCCAAUUUCUUCUUCUUCAUGUCUGGUUAGUCUGUCAGGUACCACAAAUCUGUCUCUGGCUACAGACAGUUAAAGUCAAGAACUCAAAGGCCCACUGCCAUUGCUUCUUACUUAUAGUCAUUUCCCCACCCCAGCAGAAAUCAGCACAGAUUCAAAUUUACUAUCUCUUCUAAAGAGGAGAUACUUCAAAUUCAAAAACUGCUGUCAGCUGAGCCCAGACACCGUGGCUCCUAGAUGAAGUAUAUUCUUUCCUAUGCUUGUGCAGAGACAGUAGACAGAAGUGUUUCUCAGAAGCAGUUUAAAAAUAGGAUCUCACAACUGCCUAGCAUGCCUUUAUAAGCUUACAAUAUGCUUGCUCCAGCAUAUGAGUACUGAGAUGAUGGCAUGCAGCUCUGGGGAUAAAUUCAGUGUGCAGUUCUACCUUGACAAAAGCAACAGUUUCAUUUUGUCAAAAAGCAGCCUUCUAAAUCAGUACAGGGGUAGUAACAGUACUAAAAAACAGCUCUUAGGAAGUCUUAAUUUUAGAAGGCCCGCUGUUUUUCCUGGAGGGACAUCUUCUCCUGUCUCAGAUAACAGAGCAGCACAAAGAUUACCGCCCAAAAUGAAACAGCACAAAUACCACAGUUCAGCACUUAGAAGAGAAUUAUCCUGGUCUAAGACUGACCCAAAGCUACAGCUUAGGUUACACUAAAAGCAGCAGAACUAUAAAUCCCGAGUUCAUUUUUCACUUCACUUAAAUUUAGAGAACCACGUGACAGUGAUCUAAUCACGCAGGGCAGGAACAAGACAGAACUAGAUGCCAAGUACCUAUUUUCCAUACAGCUCUUCCCCUCUUCUUGUGUUCUCCCCACUAGUUUUGACAGUGACUCUCCAGAUCUGCUGCACAAGUUAGCCUUGGACUCACAUGGGUUUGGUAUAUUGCAACUGUAUUAACACUGCACCCAGCACCUACCAAAGACCUGAACAUAUGACAACCAACCAGACAGAAGUGUAUCACAAGCUUCAUCAACACGAAGUUUCAUUAGUUGUCAAUCUACUAAGGUUAGCAAGAAGGAAACACGAUUGUAGCCAGCCAGAAAGCUUCCCACUCUGAAUACAGCAUUCAGUCAUCAUAAUUCUAUACCUUUGAAUAGGCCAUGCUGACAGGACUACAGCAGUCUUCUGAACUUAAUCCUUUCUGGAGACAUCAUGCAGUGCUGCACUCCAGCUGCACUUUACUGUUGAAAAAGAAAUGCUGCAUAUCUGCACAUCGUUAACAAGCUGUCAAACAGCGCUUCCACGCUUGACCACAAGUGGUCAACUGUCUGGAAACUGAAGUCUUGAUCCUGUGGUUGUUCCCCAUCCCUCUGAAAAAAGUUGCCUCCAAACAAGUCACUCCAAGAAGUUUCAGCAGAGGUAAGGAGCCCAUUCAGUACAAUGCUUUGUAACCACACAAGUACAAAAGCUUUGUUUGGUUCUCAAACUUCCAAACAAGAGAAACACUUCUUUGCUCUCCCUGUGACAAGAUCACCUUGAGCUGCAGCUCCGGAAUCCUGGAGCUCACAGCUCUGUAACUUCCUCACUCCAGCACAGCCUAACUCUCAACAAGCAGCAGUAUUUUCCGUUUUCUUCCUACAAACCAGAAAGAACCACUGUUGUGUCUCUCCCACUUCUACCUUAACAGCAGUUGAGGAAUAAUCCACUUGCUGACUAUUUCCAGCAUCUUCAAAGAACUAUUAUUGACAGGACGUCUGGGCUAGCAGUAUAUAAUCAAGUGAGAAUACUACCUCACACAUUAAGAAGGCCCCACCAGCAUGCUGGACCAGUGCAAACCCUGACUAAACCUCAGAAGCUGACACAACAAGUGUAAGCUGUGUAAGCUUGCCCCUCUCAACUAUUUUCAUUAUAUUUUUUAUUUUUACUGCCAGCCAACAUCUGGUCCUUCUUACAUAGAAAAACCCCUGCUGUUCCUUCUGAGUCAACUUUUUUUUUUUUUUUUUUUCAAAAAAGUUUAUCUUAACACAAACCCUCAAGUUACAUGCAAAGGAUGUUCCUGUCCUGCUGCUUUUCAAACAGUCCUUCCAAAUCCAGGUGGAAAUAUCUGUUGACACUGAUUGGUUUCCGCUCAGUAGAAAGUCAUUGGACAUACAAGCAACACAUAUUAAUUUGACAGAUGACCCUUGUGACCCACUGAGACCACAAGCUUUUUAAAGAUUAUCUUAGAACUCUUCCAGUACAACUAAUUCUUCACCAAACAGCCCACUUAUUAAAUUACCAGUCACUUUAGGAGCACGAAAGCCUUCCUCGAGUUCCAUGCUCUUCCAAUAAAAUAAGCUCAUUAAGUCCCAAAUCCUGUGAACUCUUAACUGGAACUCUUCUUUCCCAGUUUUAGCCUAGUCAUUUUUGUAGGUUAUCCUACCAAUGCAGGUCCUACAACUGCAGAUCAACCUAGUACUGCCUUGCAUACACUUUUUUUUUUUUUUAAUAUUCCUGACUUCUUAGGCAAGGAUUAUAGUGAUUCUGACUCUAUAGGUCAAAUGCCUUUAGGAUUUGCCCCCUUGAUUUCUUAAGAAUUGCCCCUUUAAUGAGGAAAAAAACCCAAACAGGUAAAACUUGUACAUCUCCAUUCUUUCUCCCUGCAGCUGCUUCUUCCUAUUCCUGCUCAAGUAGGAGUGUUUGUGAAGCCAACAUUCACAUUAAAAAACGAUCCAUUAUAAUCAGGCUUACACUAAAUCUGUUCUCCUAUGCCACUUCCCACAUGAACACUUGUGCCACUACAAAAAAAAAAAAAAAAGGGCAGCAUAGAAGCAAGAAUGAACAGCUGGGAAGAGGUACAGGAUCAUCUUUCAGCAUGAGCACUGCUUCAACUAUGGCAUUAAUGCACACUCGGAUCUAUUACAUUUCGUAUCCCCCUCUCCCUUCUCCUCUAAGUACCCUUGAACUCUUGUCAGUCUUUGUAUGACUAGUACUGUAAACUGUACUGUUUAAAUAACAGGUUUUAGCAAAAGCACAAACCAUAUACACAUGCACAGACAGGCUACCGCAGCAAGUCAGAACCACAAGUCUAACUGCUGGAGAACAAGCAGUCAAUUGAAAUGCCCUCAGUAAAAGGGAAGAAUUACAGUUAAGUAGAAAUUGUUCCUCCCUCUGGUUGGCUACUAUAAAUACAAGCUACUCUUUAAAUACCUCCCUCUCCUACAGCUCCUCUCCUUUCCCAUACCUUCCAGAUAAAGGCACAGCUUACAGACUGGCCUUCAAGCAAAUCCCCUUCCCGUAGGUUUGUCUCAAAGCAGUACAUGCGUUUGCUGUUAUUUAUCUGCAGCAGAAGUCAUUUCAGAAGACAUCACAGACACAAUUUCAAGACCAUGCUGCAACACCACCAGUCACCACUUCUCAAAGAAGACAGUGCCUCCCUGAAAACAACUAGCAAGACUGCCUUGAAACAAACAAAAUUAUUAGAAUAUUUCAUCAUUCCUGUUGUUCUAUAAGAACAUAAAGACUCCACAGUUCAAGUGCUUCUACAACAAGCUACCCAUUAGACAGAACAUUUAAGAAAGUCCACCUCUUGAUUCCUAAAACAAAAUCAGGUAUUAAGUACUGCCUAAAAGGUUUCUUUAGGAAUUAAAGCUUUCUAGUACAGAGAAACCUUUGAUUUCUGAGUAUUCUGAGUUACUUAUAUAAGAAUGUAAUUAUUCAGAUUGUUCCCUUACAGUGAGAUAGAUAACUGCUCCCCACUCUGUAAUCACAGAAUGCAAGCCUAAAUGCAAGUGCUAAUCAAGUAGAAAUGUGUUUUUUGUCAUCUUCAGUUCAUACUGAUGCUCUCUACUAGUACAUAUCCAAGAAAAUAUUCAUGUCCGGUCCCCCAAAAAAUCUGUUCUAUCUCGUAAGAAUCACUGUGCUCUAGAAUCUUUUCUAGAAGAUUCUACUACAAAGGGAUUAUUUACCUUGUUGCUAUAGUAUGUCUAUACAUGAAGAAGCAAUAUUCCAGUCACUUACAUGUUUGGUCAACAAACCAACGGCCUCCUCCUAAGCACUACUUCCAGUGCUUCAUUUUUCUGAAUAGCGUUAACAACCUCUAGGAUCAAGAAUCCUGCAUAGAACUGGCUGCUGUGAGGCUCAGCUGACAGCCACCAUCUGACGUUCAAAAAAAGGGGGGUUUCUUUCAGGAAACAGUGUACAUCACAGAAGUUAAGCUCAGAGGAGAUUCCAAACUUUAAAAAGCUUUGCACUGUCAUCCUUUAUUACUGUCUCCAUUUCUUUCCUGGUACAAAGGAAAAAUGCAGCACUAUCAGAUGUUCUCAAGCCCACUGCUCCCCUCCCUAGCUCACAUACCCUGCAGGCUCUAAUUGCAGCUAAUAUGGACUGCGUACAGCAGCUCUCCAUCCCCAGCCGUUUCUUAUGCAACCAGACUCCACCUCACGUUACUUAUGUAACACAUUAAGUAGCGUCUAUUAUACAGGAUUCUUCUACAUUAGUCACAUACUCAAUAACUUCCAUUCCAGUCGUUUUAACAUAAUGCAUCCACCAGAAAUUGAAGCUUCAUGCCUCACCAGGUUCCACUACACAGAAAAGAAACAAACCACACCAGUGAACACGUUAACAUCUGGAAAAGCGCUGCCAGACGUUUCUAAAUUAAGAAAUCACCAUCAUUUGCCUCAGCAAUUGUAGCUGUUAAGUCUGCUUGCUGGGUCAGGUGCAGAGGCUCACUUUAGGUCGUAACACAUGAAAACGAGAUGUGGGAACCAGCACCAAACUGCUCCGAAACCACGAGCAGCCCACCCUACCAGUACAAUGUGCUGCACUCCUUGAGAAGAAAGACGGGUUAGAAUUGGAAAAUGUACAUUUUUCACGCUCCCCUCCCCCCGAAUCCUGAGAUAAAAUACAGAGCCAGAAAAUAUAUUUUAACGCAAUGAAACCCUACGCCAGCCUUGCGCUACCAGAUGCUUCUCCUGCAGCAAGACAAGGGAGCCCGCAGCACCUGCACGCCGCAGGCCCGUUUUCCCUACGUACACACCAGGAUCCCUGCGCUAACGCUGCAGGCCCUCUACGGCCUAGCUGUAACGCGUGCCACAUCGCUCCCCCGCCAGGAUCCACCAGCACACACAGAACGCUGGCGCUGCCUUUCCCACCCACAGCGCUGUUCCGACAGAGCAGAGACGUGAGCAGGCUCCGGCCCUUCCCUCAACCCCCCCGGUGCCACACGCUCCGCCACGACGCCGCACAGCUGUAAUGAGGUCACUUCACAGGGCCCAGAGCCUCCGGUCGGUUACUCGGAGCCUGACUUACAUCGGGGAGGGGAGGCCGAGGAGGGCGCUACGGCAGCGGAGGGCGGACGGAGGGCCUCCCCCCAGCGCGGCUACACCCGGGAGAGGGGCGGGGAGGAGGGAGAGCGACGAGAACCUUCCUCGGCGGCGGCUACGCCCUCGCGCGCGGGGUUACGGGGGGGGAAGGGAAGGGGAAGCGACGCGGCAACGGCAGCGCUGGGGGAGGGGAAGCGCGGACUCUCCCGAGCGCCGCCGCCGCCUCAGCCGCGUUGGGCGGCAGCCAAAGCCCACAGGAAUGCAGCGCGGUCACAUGACCUCCGGCGGACGUGCGGCUCCCUUCCCUCUCCAGGGACACCCUGCGCCAUCUUGGACUGACGCAGUUACAAAAGCAGGCGCAAACCGCUCCUCUCUCUCUCGCUCUCUCUCUUCCCCCGCUCCUCUCCUCCCGGCCCCGUUAAGGAAGGAGAAGCCGAGGCCUUUUCCCGCUUUCCUUUUCGCCGGGGAUCCCCCGCCCGCGCCGUCCUCCCUCGCGCUGGGAUCAUGGCGCCCGUUUUCUCCCUUUGCACCAACCUCCCCCGGCAGCGCCGACCCUGCCCGGCUGCGGCGGCCCCUGCUGCAGGAUGAUGUCAGCGCCAGCCAAUGGGGGCGCGCCGUGCCGCCCGGCGGGGCCUCCGAUUGGAUGCGCGCAGAGCCCGCCUCCCCCUCCUGCCUCAGUCCCCGCCGCGGUUCGCUGCGGAGCCGCAGCCGAGGCACGAGUGGGGGAGGGGAAGAGGAGGGGAAGGAGAAAAAAAAAAAAAAAAACCUACACAAAAAAACCGACGACCAAACCCACCGAGCCGCCGGCCGCCAUUUCGCGCAACAACAGGCAGAACCCGAGCGAGCAGCCCCGGCCAAGCACCCUGAGGAGAGAGAGAAAGAGAGAAACAAGAGACACACGCACAGGAGAGUUAGACAGGAAAAAAUACCCAUAGACUCCGCCAUGUCACAAGACGUUUAAUCGCCCCCCUCCUCCCUCAGGCUCACUGCCCCGCCGCAGCCGCCUCCGCUGCGUCCGAGCGGAUCCCUUCACCUCGGCUCCCUCCUGCCGCAGAGCGCCCGUUAGAGCCCCAAGCUCUGCCCGAGGGGCGGGGGGACGCUUAGGCUACGGCGCGGCCGCUAGCGGCUUCUCCGGUCACCCGCGUGUGGCGGCUCCAUCGAGGCAGGGCAGCGGCUGCCAGCCCCGCUUUUAUCCGGUGCCCCGCGUUUGCGCACUGAAGGAGGCUCGCUCAGCCCCUGGUGGGCGUCGAAUGAAACCCCAGCCGCCGCCUCCCCUCCCUCGCUGCGCCGGAGGGGCUGAGGCCGGGCAGAGCGGGGAGGGGACGUGGCGGGGGGAGCGGCGGAGCCGAGCGGCCCGCCCGGUCCGCACAAAGCCGAACGUUCCCCCCGCGCCGUUUCCUGGAGGAGAGCGGGGAUCGGCGCCGGAGGGAAGGAGCGCCGUUCCCGAACGCUCUGAGGAAAAGAGCGUUGUCGCCUCAGCCCCCGGCAGUCGCUCGGAGCCCCGCACCGCCGCGACGCGGGCCCGCUCCAACCUCCCGCUCCCCCCCCCUCCUCCAUGCGGCUCUUCGUGCGCUCCGUGAGGAAAAUUUACCCCUCUCUUUGAGCUUAGCGACGAGCCGACGUAGCUGAGCGUAAUGCCGGCCGCCAGCAGGACGCCGGGCAGAGUGCUGAGGGUCGGUCCUGCCCAGGGCAGGGCUCUCCGCAGCAAGGCGGCUGCAGCGGGCUGGGAUAGGAGGGGGCCCGGCUGAGGGGUGCUGCUGUGGGCCUGUCACCAUUCCAGUCCCAUAUUUUGUUUAACUUCCACUGAGAGACGAAAAGAAGGAGUGAAGAGAGAGAAGAGGGUUUGUGGAUGCACUUAGAUGUUUGCAAUGAGCACUGUGGCUGGCAUGCCCCAGUGUUUUGGAUACCAAUGCAUAGGACUCUGUAGUAAUCGAAUUUAUCAGAAACGAACGUCAUGAGCAUAGUGAUCCCACUGGGGGUUGACACAGCAGAUACUUCUUAUUUGGAAAUGGCUGCAGGCUCAGAACCGGAAUCUGUAGAAGCUAGCCCUGUGGUAGUUGAAAAAUCGAACAGUUAUCCGCACCAGUUGUAUACCAGCAGCUCGCAUUCACACAGCUACAUUGGUUUGCCCUAUGCAGACCAUAACUAUGGUGCUCGGCCUCCUCCAACGCCUCCAGCUUCUCCUCCUCCAUCAGUAGUUAUAAGCAAGAAUGAAGUAGGCAUAUUUACCACUCCCAACUUUGAUGAAACCUCCAGUGCUACUACCAUCAGUACAUCAGAGGAUGGAAGCUAUGGAACUGAUAUUACCAGAUGCAUUUGUGGCUUUACACAUGAUGAUGGAUAUAUGAUCUGUUGUGACAAAUGCAGUGUCUGGCAGCACAUUGACUGUAUGGGAAUUGACAGACAGCAUAUUCCUGACAUAUAUCUGUGUGAACGUUGUCAACCAAGGAACUUGGAUAAGGAAAGGGCAGUGCUAUUGCAACGGAGGAAAAGGGAAAAUAUGUCAGAUGGGGAUACCAGUGCAACAGAGAGUGGUGAUGAAGUUCCUGUGGAACUGUAUACUGCUUUUCAACACACACCAACUACAUUUACAAUAGCUUCUCCAAGAGUUACAAAGGUCAAUGAUAAGAAGAGGAAAAAAAGUGGGGAGAAAGAGCAGAACAUAACAAAAUGUAAAAAAGCAUUUCGAGAAGGAUCCAGAAAAUCUUCAAGAGUAAAGGGCUCAGCUCCAGAGAUUGAUCCUACGGACAGUUCAAACUUUGGAUGGGAAACUAAAAUCAAAGCAUGGAUGGAUCGUUACGAAGAGGCAAAUAAUAACCAGUACAGUGAAGGUGUUCAGAGGGAGGCACAAAAAAUAGCUCUGAGAUUGGGCAAUGGAAAUGACAAGAAAGAAGUCAGCACCAGCAAUCUGAUUUUCAAACCUCCAGUAGAGAGUUAUGUGCAAAAAAACAAGAAAAUUCUAAAAGCUGCCAAAGACUUGCCUCCUGAUGCACUUAUUAUUGAAUACAGAGGGAAAUUCAUGCUGAGAGAACAGUUCGAAGCUAACGGAUAUUUCUUUAAAAGGCCAUAUCCAUUUGUUUUAUUUUAUUCCAAGUUUCAUGGGCUAGAGAUGUGUGUUGAUGCAAGGACUUUUGGAAACGAAGCUCGAUUCAUCCGGCGCUCAUGUACACCAAAUGCAGAGGUGAGGCAUGUAAUUGAAGAUGGAACAAUUCAUCUUUAUAUUUACUCCAUCCAUAACAUUCCAAAAGGAGCAGAGAUUACUAUAGCAUUUGAUUUUGAUUAUGGAAAUUGUAAAUACAAAGUGGACUGUGCUUGCCUCAAAGAAAAUCCUGAAUGUCCGGUUCUCAGACGUUCUGAACCUACAGAAAACAUCAAUACUGGAUAUGAAACCAGAAGGAAAAAAGGAAAGAAAGAGAAGGAUGUUUCAAGAGAAAAAGAGACUCAAAAUCAGAACAUCACAUUGGACUGUGAAGGAGCAGCCACCAAAAUGAAAAUCGCGGAUAAUAAGCAGAGGAAGCUCUCUCCCCUCAGGCUGUCCAUUUCCAAUAACCAGGAGCCAGAUUUUAUUGAUGAUAUAGAAGAAAAAACUCCCAUUAGCAAUGAAGUAGAAAUGGAAUCAGAGGAGCAGAUUGCAGAGAGGAAAAGGAAGAUGACAAGAGAAGAACGGAAAAUGGAAGCUAUCUUGCAAGCUUUUGCCAGAUUAGAAAAAAGAGAAAAAAGAAGAGAACAGGCUUUGGAAAGGAUCAGCACAGCAAAAACUGAGGUUAAAUCAGAAUGCAAGGAACCACAGAUUCUCAAUGACACUGAAUUUAUUCAGGAACCAGCAAAGGAAGAAGCUGUCACUAAGCCUACCCCAGCCAAGGUUAAUAGAGCUAAACAGAGAAAAAGCUUCUCUCGAAGCAGAACUCAUAUUGGACAGCAGCGUAGACGGCACAGAACUGUGAGCAUGUGUUCAGAUAUUCAGCCAUCUUCUCCUGAUGUGGAAGUAACAUCACAACAUAAUGAAACUGAGAAUGCUGCACUGGUGGCUGAGCCAGAAGCAGAAACUGUUGUUACAGAAAUGGUUACGGAAACAGAAGCUCCAGCACUUAAUAAAUGUCCUACUAAGUAUCCUAAAACAAAGAAGCACUUGGUAAAUGAAUGGUUAAGUGAAAAGAGUGAUAAGACAGGGAAGCCUACAGACAGUGUUUCAGAAAGGCCUCUGCGUAUAACCACCGACCCUGAAGUUCUGGCUACUCAACUGAAUUCUCUACCAGGUCUCACUUACAGCCCACAUGUAUACUCUACUCCAAAGCACUAUAUUCGUUUUACUUCACCAUUCCUUUCAGAAAAGAGGAGGAAAAAAGAACCUGUGGAAAACAUGACCGGCUCUUGUAAGAAGCGUUGGUUGAAGCAGGCUUUGGAAGAAGAAAACUCAACAGUGAUUGAUAGGUUUAAUUCGCCAUUGCUAGAGGGAUCUAGAAGUCCAGCCAUCAACGGUGAAAAUAAAAGCCCCUUAUUACUGAAUGACAGCUGUUCCUUAACAGAUCUAACAACACCUCUAAAAAAACGAAGACUGUACCAGCUGUUGGAGUCUGCAUUCUCAGAAACCUCUACACCUACUCCUUCUCCAUAUGCCACACCAACUCAUGCUGAUAUUGCUGCCUCAGAGCCAUUGAUGUUUGCUACUCCUCCUAGGGUAAAAACAGAGGAUGAAGCUUGUAGAAAUGGUUACAAACCCAUUUAUUCACCAGUUACUCCUGUAACUCCAUGUAUACAUGGAAAUACCAUGCACUUUGAGAAUAUUUCCUCACCUGACAGUUCCCCAGAAGUAAAAAGGCGAGCUUACACUCAAGAGGGAUAUGACAGAGCAUCGAUUCUAGCACUGAGUUCUUUCAGAAAUUCCAACCUGACAGAAAUGGGCCUGCAGGAAAUAAAGACUAUUGGAUAUUCCAGUCCAAGAAACAGGACUGAUGCGACACGGCAGUGCACAGGAGAAAUGGAAUCUGUGUCAGACCUCCAGCUGGGACUCGAAGUAAUUGAGCAAAGCACACUGCAUAAAAACCUGGAAGCCCCUACACAUGAUAGGACUGAUUCAAGCAGCCAAUUAGAAACUGCUCAUUGUGGACGGGGCACAAUUUAUUCUUCCUGGGUAAAAAGUCCCGACAGGACAGGUGUAAAUUUCUCAAUGAAUUCUAAUUUGAGGGACUUGACCCCUUCACAUCAGUUGGAGGUAGGAGGUGGAUUCAGAAUAAGUGAGUCAAAGUGCCUGAUUCAAGACGAUGCUAGAGGCAUGUUCAUGGAAGCAUCUGUUUUUUGUACUUCAGAAGAUGGAAUUGCAUCUGGCUUUGGAAGGACUGUCAAUAAUGACAACUUGAUGGAUGGGAAUUGCACACCCCAGAAUCCUCCACAGAAGAAAAAGGUAUCCUUGCUAGAAUACCGUAAGAGACAACGAGAAGCUAGAAAAAGUGGCUCAAAGACAGAAAACUUUCCCCUGGUUACUGUAUCUCCUCAUGCUGCUGGUGGAGGAAGCAUAAAUAGUAACAGUGGUGCUAAUGAUGGGUUUAACAACAGUAGUGAAAAUGGGGAACAAACUGAUAAUGCUGCGAGCCUGCCUGUACCACUGCCAACUGCUGUUUAUAAUGCAGCUCCAGAAGAUGUGGGCAACAACAGUGCAACCAAGGAAACUUCUUCCAGUGAGAAGAACGAGCCUGAAGUUCAGUGGACUGCAUCAACCUCUGUGGAACAAGUGAGAGAACGAAGUUAUCAUAGAGCUUUGCUUCUCAGUGAUCAUAGGAAAGACAAGGACUGUGGGGGAGAGUCACCCUGUAGUCCAUGCUCACCGUCCCAUGUUCAGUCUCCAACUUCAUCUCAUUCAAAUCUCAUUUUCCAGUUACAGCUUAAGGUCCAUUCUUUCGCUGAAUGUAUGGAAGAACCUGAUCCUGAAAAUCCAGAGCCUACUUCUGAAUGUCCAUCCCCAGAUACUUCACAGAAGACAUGCAAGAGUCCUUCAAAAGCAAGCAAGCCCUCUUCACCGAGUCCUGUAGUUUCAGCGCCAUCACUGGGAAAAACACCCACAAAGCCAGAUUCACACUGGGACACUGCAGCUAAUGCACCAGAGGCAGAAGGUGUGAAUCAUCCAAAAUCAGAGCUGCAACAAAAACAGCUGACAAAUAAUGUCCAAGCACUUUCAAAAACUCAUCCAUCUCAAUCACAUCUGCGCAGUUCUGCUGAGCAACUUUCACAUUCACAGAAGUUGCCUUCUGCACCUUUGAAGCUCCAUUGUCCCCCUUCGCCUCACGUAGAAAAUCCCCCAAAGCCAUCGACGCCCCACGCGCCCGUGCAGCACGGUUAUCUCUCACCAAAGCCUCACUCGCAGCAGUUGGGAUCUCCGUACAGACCUCAUCAUCCACAGUCACCUCAAGUCGGAACACCCCAGAGGGAAACGCACCGUGGUUUCUAUCCCGCAGCGCCAACCCUUCAGCCCAGUAAUCAGCAGCAGGCCAGCGGGCCGCUGUUCGCUCAGACAGCUUCAGGACAAUCCUCGGCUUCUUACAGCCAGUUCAACCAACAGAAUCUGAACAGCAAUGCCCCACCUCCCCCACCUCCUCCACCCCCUUCUUCCACCUACUAUCAGAACCAGCAGCCCUCUGGAAACUUUCAGAGUUACAGUCAACUGAAGGGUAGCAUCCCCCAACAGACUGUGUUUUCAUCUGGACCAAAUCAAGCACUUCCUGGCUCUGCGGGUCAGCAGACAGUGCCGGGACACCACGUAACUGCAGGGCAUUUCUUGCCCUCUCAGACCCCCAGUAUUCAUCACCAGGCUUCAGCGUCUGCUGCUCCUCCUCCUCCGCCACCACCCCCUGCUCCGGGCCCUCACCUGGUUCAGCAGCAGAGCACCCAUCAGCAGCAUUCUGUAGCACACGUCGUCGGCCCGGUUCACGCUGUGGCGGUGGCUCCCGGAUCCCACAUUCACUCUCAAGCUGCCGGUCACCAUCUGCCGCCCCCGCCUCCGCCGCCGGGCCCCAUUCCCCACCACCAGCCUCCUCAUCCUCCAGCCGGACACCAAGGUUUGCAAGCACAACACCAGCACGUUGUAAACUCUGCUCCUCCUCCCCCUCCGCCUCCCCCAUCCAACGUUAUAGGCUCGGGGCACCACCCGGCAUCGGCACAAGGGUUACACCACCCAUCGCAUCAAGGACCCCCCCAUUUUCCCUCAGGCGCUCACACGAGCGUGUCUUCCUAUUCCUCGCAAGCCCCCCACCACACGACGUUAGGACCCGGACCUCAACAUCAGCCUGCUGGAACAGGGCCUCAUUGUCCGCUCCCUGGUCAGGGUCCCCACAUCCAACCUCAAGGACCAAACAGUAUUGCAACCCCCACCGCUUCAGGGUUCUGCCCGCACCCUGGCUCAGUAACGCUUCCGCACGCAGUGCAAGGACCGCAGCAGGCGUCACCGGUGCCUGGACAGAUCCCCAUUCACAGAGCACAGGUGCCGCCCACCUUUCAGAACAAUUACCAUGGUUCAGGGUGGCAUUAAAACGGAUCCCCUUAAUCCUAAACAUUUUUAAAAUGUUCUGUAAUAUAAACUGUGUAUAUUUCAUAUGUACCUGUGGGAGGUACUUUUUAAAGCUUGUACAUGAUACUUUGUAUAAAAGCGAACACCAGUGCUCUCUCAUUGUAUCUUUCCAUUUUUUUGCUUUUUAAAAUUCCCGGAAACGUGCUGUUCAGCCAGUAUUAGGUAUUCCUUUUUAUUUUGUAAGUGAACAUUCCAGCUGUUUUUUCGGGCAGUAGGUUUGAUGCUGCAUAAUCUUUAAAGUUUUAUCGUUGCAGUUAAAUUCAUUUAGUGAAUGUUUUCUAUAUUACUUUUAUACAUAUGUAAUUAAAUAAGUACACAGGCUAAGUGAUGGCACUAACAACUUUUUUUUUUUCCAUUUUCUUCUGUCGACAGUUUUGUGUGCAUAGAGAUAGAAAACAAUGCAAUACAAAUUUUUAUAGUUUUGGUGUGGACAUGGCUUUUUGUUUCAUCAGUUAUUUGCAGAAAAUGUAAUUUAAUGUAUAGACCGUUUCUAAUGUCUGAGUGCUGUAAAUACUGUAUUUCUUUUGCUUGUAAAAUUGCUUAAAGCUACUUUCAUUUGAUAGAGUAAUGUAUAUAAUAAGUCUCUUUUGCAAAAAAAAAAAAAAGUGUGAUCUUUGUGAAAGUAGUACAGUAUAUGAUCUUUAAUUUUUUUUAAUAUACUGUCACAUUGCAGCACUGGUUGGGCAUUUUAAUUCAUGUUAAUAAAUCACAAUUAUGUCAGUUUU